AUGGCGCCGUCCACCAAUCGAUGGUCACACCCAUCAUACUUGACGAAACUCUGCGUCCCACCCAGCCACACUCGCGGCCUCGUACUGCUCAGCCACGCCUACGUCACCGCCCUCACAACGAGCUCUUGGCAUACAACACCACACAGCACAAGCGACCCUUCCAGCCAAGUUUCCAAGGGUGAUGCCAUUGUGUCACUGGUGCAAUUCAAGAAAAGCAAUUUCACACCUACACAACCUCCGACAAAGUACCAAACAAUCAUCAUGCCCUUCUUCUACUCCAAGCCCAUCGGCGGCCGCAACUUCGGCACCUCCGUCCACGCAGACCGCCACGGCGUCCACCGCGGUCCCUGGCGCAUGCGCAUCGGCCGCUUCAACUGCUUCCGAUAG